AUGAAUGCAAGCAUGAAUGUAUAUUACUUAAGUUAUUUCUAUCUUGUUCAAGGUGAAAGGCGAAAUUUGCCUAGUUCUAUUGAUAAUGGCGAUUGCACUGCAAUAAACUCAUCUGUUCCGGAUUUAGUUCAACAAAUGACUAAAAAAAAUUUAAUCUUAUCGACUGAAGAUACGUCACACCGAAAGUUAUUAUCCAUUGAUGAUAUCACUAAAGCAGUGGGUACGGGAUGUGUGCCGCAGCUGACUGAAGCUGACUGCAAACAAUCUUUGUGUUAUCAUUUGUUGUAUCGUACAUAUGAUGGUGUUUGUAAUAAUUUGGAGAAACCUUUGCUUGGAGCAGCAUUUAGACCCUUUCUCAGGCAUUUACCAGCUGAAUACGACGACGGUAUUUCUGAACCCUUGUGUCGUGUCACGUAUCUCACUUUAGCUUCAAUACGCUCUACUCGGCCAACGCCUCGUGAAAUCUCACGUAUUUUGUUAUCCAGCUCUCAAACUGUGCUUCAUGACAAGUAUAACACUUUAAUCAUGCAAUUUGGACAGUUUAUGUCACACGACAUUGCCAAGACAACCUUGCAACCAUCGGCCAAAUGCACGUCCUGUAAUCCAGUACCAUCUAUUUGUAUGACAAUCCCAAUUUCACCUCGAGAUAACAACCAGGCGUUCAAGGAACGGCGCUGCUUAAAAAUUUCUCGAUCAUCACCAAUUUGCGGGACUGGUCGAAAUGGAAUGCCUAGAGAGCAACUUAAUGAAAAUUCUGCAUUCAUUGAUGCUUCACCAUUGUAUGGCUCAUCAUCUAAAGAUUUGCAUAAAUUCCGACUAGGAAGGACUGGUUUCCUUCAUAUGAACCGAUUUAAUAAUCAGCUGGUGCUACCUUUCGAUCAGUCUAAAUGCAAAUCACCUGAAAAAUGCAUAGCCACAUUUACUGCUGGUGAUAUUCGCGUUAAUUUAUUUAUUGGCUUAUCAGCAACACAUAUUUUAUUUUCAAGAGAACAUAACAGAAUUGCAUCAAUAUUGCAAAAGUUGAAUCCACGCUGGUCUGGUGAUCGUUUAUUUCAAGAAGCUCGUAAAAUUGUUGGUGCUGAAGUACAAUCAAUUACUUAUCGCGAAUUUUUACCAAAAAUUCUGGGAAAUUUUAUGAGCAAGCAUAUUGGACCUUAUGAAGGAUAUGACCCCAAAGUUAAUCCUACUGUUUCGAAUGUCUUUACGACUUCAGCUUAUCGGUUUGGACAUGGAAUGCUGCAGGAAUUUUAUCAGAGACUAAAUCUUUUCGGAAAAAAUAUCAGCCAAGGAGGUUUCAUGUUUGGUGAAGGUGUUUUUAAAUCAGACAAAAUCUUAUUUGAAGGUGGAAUCGACCCCAUUCUACGGGGUUUCAUGAUGACUCCCGCAAAACGACCUCACAGAAUGAGCAAAUCUAUAACCGAAAAAAUGUUCGGCAGCACUGAUCUUGGAUCUGUGAAUAUCCAGCGUGGACGUGAUCAUGGCUUACCUUCGUAUAACAAAUGGAGACAGUUUUGUGGAAUGCCCUUGGCGAAAGAUUUUGAGGAAUUGAAAAAUGAGAUUCUAGAGAAAGGUAUUCGUGAUGGUUUGGCCAAAACUUAUCAUACACCAGAUGAUGUGGAUCUAUAUAUUGGUUCCAUGGUUGAAGAUCCGGUCAUUGGAGGCUUAGUGGGUACAACUUUAGCUUGUCUCAUUGGUGAUCAAUUUAAAAGACUACGUGAUGGAGACAGGUGA